AUGAAAGUUCUUCGAAUUGAUAUGAUGUCAACAGACAGCGAUUUGAGCGAAUCAAAUUUUUACUCGGAUGGUCAGGGGAGGUACUUAAAAAAAAUGGAAGAAAAAAAUACGAAUUGGGGUUUGUACAACUCAGGCAGUGAUGUAGACAGUGACAAGGAGUAUUUUAUUGACUGUAUUGAAACGGGCACCAAAGCGAUUCCGAACGGGGGGGAAAUUUUUAACGAAAAUGACACCACUGAGGAGGGUAAAAAGUGCCCGGAUGACAAUCGAGCAGGGGAUAAUCCUGCAGAUGACAAUGCCGCAUGCGGCCAUGGGGACGACGACUUAACGAGCGAUUCGGAAAACUUCCAAAGCUUCGACUUAAGCACGUCCGACAUGGACGACAAAGGAUUUGAAAAGAAAGAAAAAACUUUCGAGCAGUACAAAAUCAAUAUAAGAACAGAAUCGGACAUAUCUUUUGAGGAAGAAAAAUGUUUUAGACAUAGCAUAGAACUAAGCGACAACGCAGAAGAGCUGCAAUGUAGGCCAUUAAACGUUUAUGGCGAUGAAUCGAAUGACAAAGAGCUAGGAUGUGCAGCACAAGGGGAGCAUUUUCUCCAUCCAGCAAAUGAUGCUGCAAGUGAAGUGGACGAAAGGGGUGACCAUUCGGAAGGGAUAGAUGAAUUAACCAGGGAGAAAGAUGACUCGAAUGAGGAGGAAGCCAAGUGGGAGAGGGGAAAUCACAGGAAUAAGGAACCUGAAGUGGAAGAAGAGUCAAAUGUCAAGCAAAUAGACACCGACGAAAGUGAAUCUGGGAAUGACACAAAACUUGUUGAAACGGAAAAGACAGUGGAUGACUGCGACACGUCAGAAAGGGGCGUAAAUUUUAAUUAUAGGAAUUGUACCUUCAAAAAGGAACACGUGAACAAAAUGAGUUUAACCAAUGAGAAAAGGAAUGCGAUUACUAAGGGGAGUGGCCGUCCAGCUGGAAAAUUCCCAUUUGUGGUUGUAGGGGGUGUGAGGAAUGGGAACCCGUUGCACAGGGGUGCACAGAAAGAGAUGAAGCGCGGUGACGAAGUGGAAGAACUGGACAUUGGAGGAAAAGUGGGCCAUGUGGGAAAGGUCGAAAGGAAGCCAAACCGAUUCGAUCCACAAAGGAAUACCCCCUUUUCUGAUUAUUGCUCCACGGGGAAGAACAGGCAAAAUGGCGAAUGGGAAAGAAACCAGGAUCACCAAACUACGGACGAACUGAUCACCAGCAGCGCCUACGAAAAGAGCGAGAUUGGGGAUUCGCUUAGCAGUGAGCCUGAAAAUGGCGAAGAAAAUAAUCUUGACGAUGGAAAAUUUAACCGCUAUGAGGACCAGAACAUUUUCUCCAAAGAACGAAGGUCCCAAUAUCUCCCCCCGUAUGGGAAAAGAAACAACCAGAACAAAUAUGGACAGCAUAAAAUUUGCUUAAAAUCACCCCUGAUUCGGAAGCAGUGUUUUACGAACGCCCCUGAGCAGUACAGGCAAAGUGAGAAAAUAAAUGCGUAUAACAAGAAGGCUGACCAUGACAACUACAUGUGCAGGCAGAAGAGUGGAAAAGGCAGAAAGGACAUUAAUAAUCCAAAAUGCUAUAUUCCUCCGAAGAGGCCUAAUUUAUAUGGGGAAAAGUUGUAUAAGCAUGGAAUGAUGAAAGCACCCAAUAGUGCGAGCAAACGGACUGUUGGCACUCAAAUAAAUUUGAGAGCCAAAAAAGAAUACAAAAAAAAGGGAAACACGAAAAGCGAAUAUUCCAUCCCACGCUACCGAAGGGUGAAGAUAAAAAUCCCCGUGUUCGAACUGAAACAGGCUGAGAUAAAGAAUUACGAUUUUGAUGCAGUUCUGGUGAAGGAUGGGAGGGUUGUUCCACGGAAAAAGGAUCCCACACGGGAAUUUCUCCAGGCUUACAUUUCCUACAUAAACCAGCGCUAG